AUGCCGAAUGCACAGCGCCAUGGAAAGGGGCAAUUCAUCGAUCCCGGAUAUGGAACGACAACACGUAAGACUCGUACCUCCAAGUAGGCCGCGACUACCGAGAUAAUACGACUGGUCUUGAUCCCUUGCUAUCAGCUAUCAGCAUGGAAUGAACAAGGCACUGUCGGCGGCCUCGACAUCAAGAACGUCAACGCACCCGGUCUCGGAGAACCGCUCAGUGACGUUCUUCUCCAUAUCUCCAGGUCCUUCAUCAUUCCCGUCACUAUGACCACCGUCACCACUUCCGGACACACUGGCUACACUCAGGGCAUGAUCUACCCGUCAGAUGCCAAGAAAGUUUUGCUGGUAUUCCAUAAUGUUGACGACGCUUUGAAGGCGGCUGGAGGUUUGGAGAGCUGCAAGGCUGUCAUCAGACCUCGAUAG